GCGUAUCCAAACACGUGAAAAUCACUUUCAUUCCCUUUCCGUUUACGUAGACAACGCCACAAACACACACCGUUUCCUUCAAAAACUUUUCACACUCACUCCAUUUUUUCUUUCUUUCAAAUCAAUGGCAACAAUAACCGCUGCGAGAUUCACCUUUCUUUCUCUCCUUCUUCUUUUCUCUUCACCGCACCUCUCUUUCUCCGCCAGUUCACCGUCACCGUCACCGUCAACCACCAGCUCUCCAUCUCCAUCUCCGUCCCCUUUUGUCCCUGCUCCGACAAGCUCACCCGUAGCUUCAUCUCCGGCGGCGCCUACUCCGCAGAGUUGGAGUCCAGGUUCGUCUCCGGCUCCUUCGCCGAUGGGGAGUAGCAGCUUGAUCAGCCACGAAGGUGUGGAAGGCGGGAGAUUCACAGAUUCAGACUCAUCAUCAUCAGGAUCAGGAGAAAUGAGCGGCAGAAAGAAGGUCGCAAUAGUGAUCGGAGUAGUGGUGGCUGUGACGGUGGUUGUGUUGGCAGGGAUGGGGUUUAAGAAGCGACAGCAAAAUAUCCGGCGAUCUCAGUAUAGGUUCGACAUAAGGAGAGAGAUUCUUUAAAAGGUUAAUGGUUAAAAUAGUCUUUGACUUUGUAAGCAAGUUUAAUUUUGUCACAAUUACCGACAGUUUUUUACCGUCACUAAACGUCAUUUUUCCUCGGAGUGACUAAAAUCAAACUUAUUUACAAACUCAGGACUAAUUUGACCAUUAACCCUUCUUUAAACUUCAAACUUCAUAUUUUCGUUGUGUUACUCUGUCUAGCUAAGCUAGGUUGGUUUCUUUUCGCCCUUUAUUAUUAGCGGGUAAUCGGGUACCAAUUCAAUUUUAUUCUAAUUCUAGAUAUUUUUUUGCUUUCUUGAUUUGUGAUUAUUGCAACGGAUUUUGAACCUCUAUAUAGUAUAUAUUGUCACCAAAAACUGUAUAGU